GCCGUAGUGCUGAGUCAGAUUCUAUGCCGAAGAACUACAAAGCUCCCAAUCACUUUCUAUAAAAUUCUCCGCCUUCUUUUUCUCCUUCUCUUUCCCGAGAUUAAUCCGCUCAUGUGUGCCUCUUAACAAAUUCAGUUCAUAACUUUCUACAGGUGUUCUAUAUUAGCAAAUGAGUUCCAGAGGUGGUGGAAUUGCUGAAUCUCCUUAUUUAAGGAACUACAGGGUUGGAAAAACUCUUGGACAUGGAUCCUUUGGUAAAGUUAAAAUUGCUGAGCAUUUGCUCACUGGGCAUAAAGUGGCGAUCAAAAUCCUUAAUCGGCGGAAAAUGAAGACUCCAGACAUGGAAGAAAAACUGAGGAGAGAAAUAAAAAUAUGUAGAUUAUUUGUGCAUCCACAUGUCAUACGACUCUAUGAAGUGAUAGAGACGCCAACAGAUAUAUAUGUUGUAAUGGAGUAUGUCAAGUCUGGGGAGCUCUUUGAUUAUAUUGUAGAAAAAGGAAGGUUACAGGAAGAUGAAGCUCGGAAAUUUUUUCAGCAGAUUAUUGCUGGUGUGGAGUACUGCCAUAGGAAUAUGGUGGUUCAUCGGGACCUUAAGCCUGAGAAUCUGCUUUUGGAUGCAAGACGCAAUGUAAAGAUAGCAGAUUUUGGCUUGGGAAACAUUAUGCGAGAUGGCCAUUUUCUGAAGACUAGUUGUGGAAGUCCAAAUUAUGCAGCUCCUGAGGUUGUAUCUGGGAAACUAUAUGCUGGUCCUGAGGUAGAUGUUUGGAGUUGUGGCGUAAUCUUAUAUGCUCUUCUUUGUGGUACACUUCCUUUCGAUGAUGAGAACAUUCCCAACCUUUUCAAGAAAAUAAAGAGUGGAGUCUACACCCUUCCAAGUCACCUGUCACCUUUAGCUAGGGAUUUGAUACCAAGGAUGCUGAUUGUUGAUCCUAUGAAGCGCAUAUCGGUAGCUGAUAUUCGUCAACACCAGUGGUUCAAAAUUCAUCUUCCUCGGUAUUUGGCAGUUCCUCCACCUGAUGCUAGGCAACAUCUUAAAAAGCUUGAUGAGGAAAUUCUCCAGCAAGUAACUAGGAUGGGGCUUGAUAGGGACCAGUUGCUUGAUUCUUUACAAAAGAGAAUACAAGAUGAUGCUACUGUUGCAUACUAUCUGCUGUACGAUAACCGUUCCAUGGCUUCCAGUGGGUAUCUAGGAGCUGAGUUUCAGGAAUCUGUGGAUGGUUAUUCCUCUGGAUUGUUUCCAAAUCUUGACCUACAGCUGUCUAGUGGGAACGGAGUUUCUGAAGAGAGUUUGAGACGCCCAUUUCGCAAAGAGAAAACGUGGCUAGUUGGACUUCAGUCUCCAGCAAAUCCAAAGGAGAUCAUGAAUCAGGUUCUUGGGACCCUGCUAGAACUAAAUGUUCGAUGGAAAAAAAUUGGGCACUAUAAUAUGAAGUGUUUAUGGUGUCAUGAUCUUCAUCUUCAUAGUAUGGCCAGCAAUCAUAUGAAUGAUGAUGAUCAUUUUAUUAGUAAUGCAACUGCCAUAAGUACACAUUUACAGCCACUACCUACUGUGAAGUUUGAAAUGCAGCUGUACAAAACUGAGGAUGAGAAAUAUCUGCUUGAUCUCCAAAGAAUUAGUGGUCCGCAGUUCCUCUUCCUGGAUUUCUGUGCUGGUUUCAUUAGGCAGCUAGAGGGGCCACAAUGAUUGGAAAGAAAGAAGGAUAUAUGGAGUAAUUGUGUAUUUUGUUGACAAAUGUGAAACUUUGUUGUACAUAUCAAUGUUAAUAGGUUUAUAAUGUUCCUUACCUAUACUUUAAAUUUGUGUUCAUGUUUCUAUAGUUCAGGCUUUUGCCAGAUGUGAUAUUCUCUCUCAGUAUAAGAGACCGCAGCUCUCUUAUUCCUACUAAUUUUAGAGAUUUUGACAUUCAGUUGUUAUAGUGUUUCCUUUCAAUUAGAAUCGUUUGAUAAGAUAUACUUUUA